UAGUUGCAAAACCGAACGUUUGGAAACUGUUUGGACUAAUGAUUACACCCCUGGACUUCCAGUUCCGCUUGCAUUUUUGUGCGUCGGAGAGCGAAAAUGGGAGUAGAGAUCGAGACCAUAACCCCGGGUGAUGGCCAGACAUUUCCCAAAAAAGGGCAGACAUGCGUUGUGCAUUAUGUCGGCUCACUGACUGAUGGAACCAAGUUUGACUCAUCCCGGGACAGAGGCACGCCUUUCAAGUUCAAGAUUGGCAAGCAGGAGGUGAUCCGUGGCUGGGAGGAGGGGGUUGGCCAGAUGAGCGUGGGCCAGAGGGCGACCCUGACCUGCACGCCGGACUUCGCCUAUGGCAGCAAAGGGCACCCUGGCAUCAUCCCACCCAACUCUACACUAAUCUUUGAUGUGGAGCUGAUGGGCCUGGAGUGAAGCCUGUGUGCACUCGUUACGUGUUUAAUUCCACUCAGAUUUUCAGGGUUGACUCCUAUCUCGGGAACAUGGAGGAAAAGGCUAAAGGAAGAUGAAUGCACUUGACUCCUGUAAAAGACUGUCUAAUAGCUUCAGCACUUCACUCUCCUUUCCAUUUAGAUUCAAAUGUGUUUUUGUCGCUUGCUUAAUACCUUAUCCUUGAUGCUUGUCUUAGAACACCCUAACAAGUCAUAGGCCAUACCUUUCAGAUAUCAUGUCAUUUUAUUCUGUUAUGUAUGUUUAUGGUAUUGUUUUUUUCUUUUUACUUCAAAUUUGUAAGUUAUGCCUGCCAUCAGGGGUAGGUACAGACACAAUUUGGGAUAAAGUAUCAUUACACAAAUAUUACAUUUGAUCUCAUUCUUGUGGCUCCGCGAGUGGCCUUCCUUUAGCAACUUUUUUGAAAAUGUGGACAUAAUUGAUUAAAAAAAAAAGACUGUUUACCUAAAUGGAUCGGGUAAUGUAAUUUGGAUUACAGAAGUUGACUUAAAUUAAUAUUAGUGAUGUUUUGAUAUAGAUUUUUUCUCAGUUGCAUCAACUUUCUGUAUAAAACACUGAAUAGCAUGGCACACACUCUGUUGGCAAGACCAUAUAUAUAUAUAUAAAAAUGUGUAAUUAAAGGUCAUUAUUAUAGUACAGAACUUGCAGAGUAUGCUGACAUGUAUAGGCUCCUCUCAACAAAAUUGGUCAAUUUCCUAUGGUGUGUUUGAAUAAAAUAUCAUCCUUUAAACACCCA